AUGUCCUCGUGCAGGAGCCGAGACGUCACGAGCUCCCACGUCAGCGUGUCGGAACGCGAUUCCAACGCCGUGAUGAGGAACUGGUACGACUCGCUCAGACUGGCAAGAAGCGUGAUCACCAAGUCGUCCUCGCUGACCGGAGCGCCGACCGCGUCGAGCUGUUCCGCCAGCGUCUUGAGCUUGUUAAUGUGCUCCAGCACAUCAUCACCUUCGUCCAUCGUUGUCGUGAAGAACCGUCGACGAAGAAAGAGCUUCUGCGAGUCCUCCAACGCGAGACAGACGAUCGCCAGCGCCUUGCGCGACUUCUUGCGAAACGUCGCUUGUUGGUUCCGUCGAACUAGUUGA